AUGGCAAAUUGUGACUUUCAAAAGCCCGGCCCCUUACUUUUGGAUGGAAAUGUCAAAGAGAAUUGGCGCAAAUUUAAUAACAUGUGGAAAAUAUAUACGGUGGCUACAAAAACGAACACGGAAAGUGAGGCUAUCCAGACAGCUAGAUUUUUAUCAUGUGCUGGAGAAAAGGCCAUUGAAAUAUUUCAAACACUUCCUUUAGCUGAAUCUAAUAAAACUAAAAUUAAUGAAGUAAUAGAAGCGUUUGAAGCGUAUUGCAUGCCAAGGAGCAACGUGGUCUACGAGCGAUAUAUAUUUUUCUCACGAAACCAAAAAGAAGGAGAGCCAUUCGAACAGUUUUUAUCUGAUAUCAUUAAAUUGGCAGAAAGCUGUGAUUUUGAUUGCCAAAAGGAGGACAUGAUCAGAGAUCGAAUCGUCAUGGGUAUUGCAGAGCAAAACAUUCGAUUGCAACUUUUGAAGACAGACAACCUGGACCUGACUAAAGCCAAGGAGCUUUGUCGCGUGGCGGAGCAAGCAAGUAUGCAAGCUCAACAGAUAUUUCCAAAUAAUGUGACGAAGAGGAGAGACCACCUAACUAGCGAAGAACAAAGACCUUCGAGUUCGGGAAAAAAUAUAAACAUUAUUGGAUGCGACAAGUGUAAAAGAAAUCAUAUUCCAAAUCGCUGUCCAGCAUUUGGACAAAGAUGUUUAAGAUGUGGCAAGUACAAUCAUUUUGCCUUAGCAUGUAGAUUUAAGAGUGUAAAUGACAUUAACAGUAACGAAAUUACUCAUGAAGAUGAUGAGGAUGACUCAUAUAUUGAUUCGGUUGAGGUGGUCGGUUUUAGUUCAGUUGGUGACAUUUACUCGAUAAAUCAGGUUCGACAAAGUUGCAGGAGUUGGUAUGAAAAUAUCGCGGUAGAAAAUAGUUUGAUUAAAUUUAAAUUGGACAGUGGGGCUGAUGUUAACGUUAUACCACUAAAAGAAGUUCAAAAGUUGAAUUUAGAACAUAAAAUAAGACAGGUAAGAACAAAAUUAGAGGCAUAUGGUGGUUCUUAUAUUCCUACAAAGGGUUUAGUUAGUCUUCAAGUUCAGUAUAAAAAUAAAAUUGUUGAUGCAGAUUUCAUGGUAGUUGGUUGUGAUUCAAAACCAUUGUUAGGGCUUAGUUCAUGUGUGGACUUAGGGUUGAUUCAAAGAGUAAAUGAGGUUAGCAACAUUGGUGAAUUUAUUCAUAAAAAUAAUGACGUUUUUUCGGGCGAUGGACGAUUCCCAGAUAAAUGCUCAUUAGAAUUGAAACCAGAUAGUUAUUCUGUGAGUAAGCCACCGAGGCGAAUACCAAUAGGCAUAAGGCAAAAAGUUAGAGAAGCACUAGAGACCAUGGAAUGUCGUGGAAUAAUCAGUAAGCGUGAUCAACCUUCAGCAUGGUCACACCAGCUAGUAGUUGUUGAGAAGGCUAAUGGAUCCUUGAGAUUAUGUCUUGACCCAAGUGCCCUUAACAUGAACUUGAAAGACGAGCACUUCAUAAUUCCUACACUGGAUGAUUUUUGUGACGCAAUGCGGGAGCUUAAUUUACCUGGCACAUUUGUUUACAUUGAUGAUGUCAUCGUUGGAGGAAAAACUAAAAAAGAGCAUGAUGAAAAUGUUGAGAGAGUAUUAAAAAGAGCUCGUGAAGUAAACGUUAAAUUUAAUAGAGAUAAACUGCAGCUUUGCGUAAAUAAGGUUAGAUAUUUGGGUCAUGUUUUUACUGGUGAUACAAUUUGUCCAGAUCCAAGUCGAGUUGAAGCUAUUAUAAACCUAAAAGAACCACAAGACAGAAAACAAUUAGAAAGUGUUAUGGGGAAUUGUUGA